AUGAAAAUUUUUCCUCUAAAUUUAAUAAAAAGAAAUAUUUCAGCAAUAAUAAUUUUGAUUGGGGGAUCUUCAGAUUCUGUUGAAAAGGGAGCCCUUUCAAAUUGUUCAUUAAUUUCAUUAAAUCAAAAAUUAAAAGCAACUAAUUAUUCAUUUAAUUUACAUAUUCCAAGACGUUCUCCAUCAAUUUUUAAUUUUAAAUGUGGACAUUUAUUUGGAAAUGGGGGAUUUAUUUUUGGUGGUUAUGAUGGAAAUGAAUGUCUAAAUCAAAUUGCAAAAAUUGAGGAAAUAGAGCCGCAUAAUGUUAAUUUACUUUCUCCAUUACCUUUUGGACUUAAAAAUGCUACUGCUUUACCUUCUCUAGACAAACAAAAAAUUUGGAUUAUUGGUGGGUGGGAUGGAAAUAAAACACAAAAAACGAUAUUAGAAUAUAACAUUAAAAAUCAAACAACCAAAUUUUGUCAUUUUCUUCCAUAUCCACUUGAAUGUCACGCUGUCGCUUUCCCAAAAAUUAUUAAUUCAAAAGGAAUUGGAUUUAUUAUUGGGGGUUUUGAUGGAAUUGGACUUCGUUCAGAAAUUUUAAUAAUUAAUUUAAAUAAUGGAAAUAUUUUGGAAGAAAUUAAUAAUGUUAAACUUUUAAAACCAAAAGAAAAUUGUGGGGCUACUUGUUUUUGUAUUGAUGGAGAAAAAGAAUUUUUGGCUGUUUUUGGAGGAUUAUUACAAGAAUCCCCUUGGCUAAGAAGAGAAGAAAAUUUUGAAAAAUUAGAAACUCUGGAUAUUAGUGGAAGGAAUAGACCGGCGGUUAUUUGUUUGUGAAAUUUAAAAAUAUUUUUAAAAAUAAAACUUUCAUUGUUCUGAUAUAAUGGAAUUUGAUUUGGAAAUAAUAUACCCAAAAUGAUUUAUCAGAACUGAUAAAAUAAUUACAAAAUUUACUUCUCUUUUUUGUA